AUGUCCUGGAGUGCUCCAUCUUCCGGCGGCGCUCCUGCGUACCAGGCAGCUCCGGCAUACGCGCCGCAACCCUAUCCUCAGCAGCCCUCGUACGGCCAGCCACCCUACGCCCAGCCCCCGUACCAGCAAAGCGCUCCGCCAUCCAGCCAGCCAUCGAGUGCUCCGACCAACUAUCCCCCGAAGCGUAAAGGUAACCCCGUCAUCACCCGCUAUCCUCCGCCCCCGGGUUAUCGGCCUCCUCCGCCGCCCUCGGGUCAACCUCCCUACGCUCAAGGCCAGUAUCUCCAGGGCUAUCCUUCCCAAUCCUAUUUUCCUGGGUACCAGCAGCCCUCUCAGGGUUACCAGCCAGCAUGGCAGCCACCGCCGGGCUACCCUCCGCCUCAAGGGUAUCAACAGCAAGGGUAUCAACAGCCACCUCCACCGCCACCGCCCGAUGCAUCCAGUGCACCAGCAGCUUAUCCGCCCAAUGGAUUCCAGCAGCCUCCAACCUUCCCGCCUAGCAGUCGAUCCGGAUCGUAUCCUCCUCCGUCUGAAACUGCCAUUUCCCCCACAACAGUCGUACCGCCCUUAAUCCUUAAUUCGCCUCCGAAUCAGAACUCACGGCCCUCAAAAUCUCGCCGGAACACCCGUACUGCAAGCAUAGUCCCUACCGAGGUUCCAGAGUCCCAUAAGCUUUACCAAACCGAUCCAUACACCAUCAAUCUUGGGCUCGACGAAUGGGAUCAAACUGAUUUCGAUGGGGCCAUCUGGCCCAAGUCAAAUGAGCCGGUUGACCAAAACUUCAGCCUUGGCGUCAUCAUAUGGCAUCCGGCAAAUGAGACGACUCGUGCGCUUUCAUCCGACUUCAUUUCAGCCGAAGAGAAAGCAGCAAAGCCCCCCUUGCCUAGGAUCGGCAACGGAGAUUCUGUUUCCGAGUAUUUUGGCCUCGAGAACGCCCACGAGGCAUUUUUGAAUGUCCGACAGACGGAUGAAUGGGACUCGGUGAAGCGGGACUCGAUAUUCUACGAGUUCCCCAACAUGUCGGACAUUGUGGCAUUAGAAGAUGUCCUUGCAAACAGAGAUCGGCCCGACUCUGAGGGAGAGAAUCCUUACCCAAGCAUACAGGAAAGAGGUGAACGACACGACGCUGUUUGGAACAUCAUGGACAAUCUUGAGCAGGCUCUAUCAUCUGAGCAAGAAGAAGGCGGCUCGAGACGACAAUCUCGCAAUGGCAAAUCAACUCCGCCACCACCUUCGCGGGAUGACGCUCAGGAAGAGUUAUUGGCGUCGCUAGGCGUGACAGGUUCGCCGAAACCGGUCAAACCUUUGACUACUCCAACUUUCUUGCCGCCGAAACCCCCCAAGCCAAGCUCACGAAAAGGCAGUGGUCAGGAUCGGUCGUACGAAGAACAUCUUCCGAAGCGCCCGUCCACCGAUUAUGAUGGAUACGAUCACCCUGCCUCGCACGGUCCAGUAAAGAAACGAUCCCCGUCCUCUGAUUGUUGGAGAGCAGAGCAGGCACCAGCGAGGAACGGUGACAGAUGCCAAAGCCCGACCAAGUCUGAAAACAGCCAGCACACUGCUACAGGGUCGGACUUCAACAUGGAAGAUGUUAGAACGCACGACAAAAUCGCCAAAGAUCCACAAAGACCGCGACCGCACAGAGCUGAUAGUAGCACCGGGAGGAAACGAAGCUACGAAGAGACCGAGUCACCUCAAAGACAAGAAGACGACUACACGCCGCGUAUCAAGAGGCGACAACCAGCCGUCGCCGCUGCUUAUAGUCGACGAUAA